CAGCUGCGCAGAGAGGGAGAGCGCGAGCCAAGGGGCAGGACUAGAAGCCAAAAUAACUCAAAGCAGUGCGCAGUUAUGACCAAAUCUCUGGAGCCACCGCAACAGGAGAGAAGCACAAGCUGAACAGCCCCGACUCCAGGAAGACAAGAAGCUUUGAACGGAGCUCAAGUUUCUUCUCGAGUUUGGAACAAAAGAACACAGGGGCCAUCAGGUUUUUCAGGAGGGGACCCUGUUGCAUUGCAGCCAUGAGCUCACAGGCAGGCUUUGGCAGCAACAUGCUGUUCCAAAACAUGAAUGAUGAUCUGAAUGCAUCGCUGGCUGCAGCAGAUGAGUUAUCCAGAGAAUUUAACUCCCUGCUGAAGGAGGCCUCAUCCAACAACAACAACAAACCUGGAGUUCAGAAAAAUGUUCUCCAGACCAGCUCUACUAUCUCCAAAGAGCUGCAACCACCUUCCGGAGCAUCCAGCAUCUCCAACACCCCACGUCUGUCACUGGGCAGCACUAGUGACAGCUUCAGCUCAAAACCUUUGUCUUCAUCCUCAACAUCUUUUCGUCCCAUUGACUCUGGCAUCUCCAUCAGCAGAAAUGCACAAUCUUCUUCUAUCAUGCCCAACAGCCCACACUCAUCUCCAAAUAUCAGCAGGAGGACAUACUCUCCACUUCCUCGAGCAGGGUCUGAUAGCUACUCAAAUACUCUGCAGAGCUCCAAACAGUCAUCUCGCACCCAGCGGGCCAGCUCACCAGUUCAGACCUCUUACAAUAUGCUGAAUCCUUAUGACAACAACCAGAUGGGCCCCAGGUCACCUCGGCAGGACAGAGGGCCCUCUCCUUUGUCCUUCAGAAGUGCAUCUCCAAUGUCUCUCAAUCAACCAGCAUCCAGCACGCUUCCUCGAAAUUUUGCCAGAUACAUGCAAUCUGAUGAGGGCAUGCAACGACAAAAAAGUCCUGGCAGAUGGAAUGAAACAGAUCUGGACGUGUCUUAUGAGAAGAAACCUCACCACACUUAUGAUAAGACCGAGUGGCUGCGGUCGUCUGUGCCGAACAGCAGCUGGCGAGAAUCCAACCUCGAUGGCCCUCCUCUGGCCCUAAGCCCCAAAAAGAAUAUAAUUUCAAAUUUCCAACAGGGUUCCUACAGUUCUCUCCCCCGAAACGCCUGUAUAUCAGUACCGCCAGAUAUUUCACCCCAGAGCCACUCCCCUUUUUACCCCCAACCCAUCAUUUCCCGCAUUUCUGUUCCUCCGAUUUCCCCUCAGUCCCGCCAACAUAAGCCAAUUCCUCUAUCUGUCAUUUUGCGCCUCCAAAACCCUCACUGGGGAGAAAUGGCCACCCGCGACCCCCGAGUGCUGGGAGGCGAAGGAGACGCAGCACAUUACCAACCAGUUCCAUUCAUCCCGAGGGAACUUUUCCACCAACUUGUCUUCCAGCCACCUGAGCUGAGACAGCCGGCUGUGUACAGUGAUGCUCUGAACCCAGGGGACGUAGAUGCAGAGUUAGAGCGUGUUGAAAAUGCUAAUCGCAUUCCAGUGAUUUUGGACAAUUCUCCCAUUCCACCCGGUGGGGGGGAAAUUGGACAGGUUACACCCCGGCCACUGAGCCCCACCAGACUCCAGCCAGUGGUGGCCCCUGAGGCUCAGAACGAUGAAAUUCCCAACCUGGAGGAGUUGCUCCGUAUUAGGGCUGAAAUACCCCGGGCACUAAAGAGACGAGGAUCUGUGGAUCAGUCACGACCUCUGAAGAAGGCCUCACUUUACCAGCCAAACCAGUACAAAAACCUCAUUGACAAGCUUUUUCGCAAGAAUGAUCACCAGCAAAAGGGGGAGCAAGGUAGCGAGACCAACAGUUCUUCAGAUGGGGAGGACAGCCCUGUGCUUCCUGCUCCCAAACCUCCUCCUCAGACGUCCACAGUGAUUCAACAAGAUGUUAAAAACUAUGCUUCAAUUCUGCGACGGUCCAAUCGAAGUAACAAAUCUGGAAAGCGAGCUCAUCUUAGCCCCCUGGUCCUGCUGCUGGAUGGAGCAUUGCAGGGAGAGCUGGAAACAGUGCAGAGAGCUGUGCAGCAGAUUACUGACCCUAGCCAACCCAAUGAUGAGGGCAUCACUGGUUUACACAACUCCAUCUGUGCAGGACAUUACAAUGUGGUGGAAUUCCUCGUUCGCAUUGGAGCCAACGUCAGCUCGCCAGACAGCCACGGGUGGACUCCUCUGCACUGCGCAGCCUCCUGUAACGACCGUGACCUGUGUGAGUUUUUGGUGAGGAGUGGAGCUGCUGUCAUGGCCAGGACAGAGAGCGAUGGCGCAACUGCCUCCCAGAAGUGUGAUCCCUACGCCCAAGGAUUUGUGGAGUGCGAGAGCUUUCUGAAGGGUGUGGAGGAGGCUAUGGGCGUGGAGAACAGCGGGGUGCUGUAUGCUCUGUGGAGCUACCCAGCUCAGGCAGCCGAUGAAUUGACCUUCAGAGAGGGAGACAUGGUCACCAUCCUACAGAAACCUGAGGGCUCUGACUGGUGGUGGGCAUCUCUCUGUGGGAGGGAGGGCUUCGUUCCAAACAACUACUUUGGGCUUUUCUCGAAGAUUCGACCAAAAUCUCUCUGUUGAGUCAUCUCUUGAAGAUCAGUAAUGACCAAACUGCAAGUAUGAAAAGCUGUGUUGCUACAGGCAUGAAAAGAAUUCUGAUCUGUUCAUCAAGAACAGAUGAAGGAAAAGUCUCAGUAUGUAAUUGUACCUUACUGAUGAGGAUAAAUUUCUUUGUCAUGUGUAGAGGCUCUGCUAGAGGAUAUUUUUCUGAUGAAACUAGAACGCUACGUAAUCUCACUGUCGAGCUUUCUAAAGGUCAUACAAGGGUUAUUUUCACUGCUGUCCAGCUCAGCUGUGCUUCACUCAGAAGUUGAAUUUACUAUCUUGUUGGCUGGUUAUCGGCAAGGUCAUUCUAGGUGUCAACAAACCUGUAACAGCUCAGUUUAGAAAUGGAUUUCUAACCAAGUCCCUUAUCAUGAGAAGCAACUAGAUGUAAAACGUAU